CAAAAUACUUUCAUAUAUUUGUAUCUCAUAUAAAAAAUAUUACUUGACUUGGCUUUGUUCUUUCAUUUUUGCAGGUGGAACUCUUUUCUAAGGAUUUAGUAAUUGAAGUUGCCAACCAACAAUGUGUGCAGAGAGUUCUAAAAAGGCAGCAAAAAGACAUAGGAAAGAGCAAGAAGCUAUAGUUGCUGCCACAAUGGACAAUAGAAGUGAUGGACCCAUUAGAAUUUCAGAUUUAGGUUCCAAUACUCGACAAACUAAAUCACCAAAUGCAAAUGGAGUAGCUGACUCUAGUCAACAACUAAAGAAGAAAACUAGGGGGCCGUCAAAGUUAAAGAUGCAUGACAAAGGCAAACAAAAGUGUGAUGCGAUCGACUUCAAUGAAAGGAACCAACCGAUAGGACAAGAAUCAGUGCACUUAUCAACCUUAGAAGGGGUCUUAGCUCGGAAGAUGGUGCCAAUUAAUAUAGAUUGUUGUAACUCAGAGAGAAGAAAUAUUAGCGUUGUUUUCUUGAGACUUGAACUAAGCAUUACCAUCAGCGACAUGCCGUAA